AUGAAGAUGAUCAGAGGGCUGUUGCACUUCUUCUAUGAAGAUGGGCUGAAGGAGCUAGAAUUAAAUGUAAAAGAAUCUGAUGUAAAAGUGUGUGAUGAAUCAUCGUGUAAAUAUGGGGGAGUGUGUAAGGAAGAGGGCGAUGGCCUGAAAUGUGCCUGUCAGUUCCAGUGUCACACAAACUAUAUUCCUGUUUGUGGAUCAAAUGGAGACACUUACCAAAAUGAAUGCUUCCUCAGGAGAGCUGCUUGCAAGCAUCAGAAAGAGAUAACAAUGGUAUCAAGGGGACCUUGUUACUCUGAUAAUGGUUCUGGGUCAGGAGAAGGAGGUGAGUACUAAACCCCAGUUACAUGUGCUGUUUUUUAGUAUAUAUGUAUCUGUGUCUACAUUAUGUGAGGU